CGCCCCUCGGUGCGUGCGCGCGGGGGCUGCGCGCUGCAGGCGCUGCCGCGAUGGGGCCGCGGCCGCUGCUGCUGGUGCCGCUGGGGUGCCUCGCGCUGCUGCUGCCGCCGCCCGGCGCCGCCGAGUUCAGCCCCUCCCUGGACAGCGACUUCACCUUCACGCUGCCCGCCGGCCGCAAGGAGUGCUUCUACCAGCCCAUGCGCAAGGAGGCCUCGCUGGAGCUCGAGUACCAGGUUCUAGAUGGAGCAGGAUUAGAUGUUGAUUUUCAUCUGCUCUCCCCAAAAGGUGAAACUCUAGUUUUUGAUGAAAGAAAAUCAGAUGGAGUUCAUACUGUGGAAACAGAAGAUGGGGAUUACAUGUUCUGCUUUGACAACACAUUCAGUACCAUUUCUGAAAAGGUGAUUUUCUUUGAAUUGAUCCUGGACAAUAUGGGAGAAGAUGGUCAAGAGGAGGAAGAUUGGAAGAAGUAUGUUACAGGCACAGAUCUCCUAGACAUGAAGUUGGAAGAUAUUCUGGAAUCCAUCAACAGUGUCAAAGCCAGAUUAAGCAAAAGUGUCCAGAUUCAGACCCUGCUCAGAGCAUUUGAGGCUCGUGACCGAAACAUACAAGAAAGCAACUUUGACAGAGUGAAUUUCUGGUCCAUGGUCAACUUGGGAGUAAUGGUGGUGGUAUCAGCUGUUCAGGUUUACAUGUUGAAAAGUCUCUUCGAAGAUAAGAGGAAAAGUAGAACUUAAUAUUCAUUAAUGUUCAUAUUAUGAUCAUAACAAUAUAACACCUUUGGGGGAGAAGGGAGCAAUAAACUAGAGUAAAGACUAUAAAGACCUUUCAGAUUCCUUUGAAGAGAGUAAAAAUCAGGUUUUUAAUUCAUAUUGGGCUUUUUGGAUGUGAUAGUGCUGGUCUUGUUUGUGUUUGGGGGUUUUCUGUUGUUUUUUGUGGUGGUUGGUUGGGUUUUUUUUAAAAAUGAACAUCAUGCCUCUUCCCAAGCUCUCCCAUUUUUCCAAAUGCUACUAAUUAUUUUUUGUACUUGUAGGAUUUGUUAAUGAUUGUUAAUUCUUAUUUUAUGCAUAGCACACUUGGUGCAUAUGCAAAGUAAUAUAACUGUCAUUAUCUUCAUUUUCACAUAAAAGUUUAAGUAGUAACUUAGACAUUGGUUGAGUUGCUGUUAAAUACUGAGUGAAUUUAUAUGUGCCUAAGUUUACAGGAUUGGUAGUUACUGUCAUUUUUCUUCAAAGUUAUAUGUUUUUUUAAAUGCUUAGUUUUUGUUCUUUGGCAUCAUGGAGAAACACUGGGCUAACUAUGUAAGAACAUGAGAUCUCUUUUUAUAACAGAGGACUAAUAUCAGCACUUUAAAAAAAGCACCAUCAAUGUGAAAUUGAGGCAGUUUUGAAAAGCAAUUGGAGAAAAUAGAUACAAUUCCUGUUCAAAAAUCCUUCUGUCCUGUAGUUGCAAAAUCCUGUUUUCCUUUGUGGCUGUUACACGAGACAAGUGACUACAUGGUAUACAAAAAUACAGGCACACUUUGAAGUAUGACUUGUAAAUUCUUAGUUACUGUAACCUCAUGGAAUUGGUAAUUAAAAAUUAAUUUCUCAUGUUUUUUUCCUUUUAAUAAAGGCAGGGGUUGUUCAUGGUAUGCCAA